AUGGAUAGUGAUAAUGAAUUAGCUAUUAUCGAAAUUCGAUGUAUUCCAGACAAUCCAAAUGCUAUUUCUGGUAUUUUGAAUACAAAAAAAGUUCGUUUCGAUAUUGAAACAAAAAGUAAAGGAGAAACAAUGGAACGAACACCAUUGAAUUUAGUACUGGUUCUUGAUCGUAGUGGAUCGAUGGAAUCCGAUAAUAAAUUAGCAUCAGCAAAAGAAGCUCUUGUUUCUGUUGUUAAACUUCUUCAUGAUGAUGAUAUAGUGCAUCUUGUUGCAUACGAUAAUGAUGUGUCUAUUAUUUUUGAAAAUGCACGAGCAUCUUCUCGUCAACAUCUUUAUCCUCUUAUCAAUGAAAUUGAAGCUGGUGGUUCAACAAACAUGUCCGGUGGUAUUGAGAUAGGUGCUGAUCUUUUGGAUAAAUAUAUGUAUGCUGGAUAUUCACGUCAUAUGUUCCUUUUUUCUGAUGGACAAGCUAAUGUUGGAAUGAAAACACGAGCUGAAUUAACAAAUCUUGUUCGUGGAUAUAAUGAUAAAGGGAUUAUAACGGAUUCAUUUGGUAUUGGUGCUGAUUUUGAUAGUGAAAUAAUGAAAGGUAUUGCUGAUGCUGGAGGAUCAAGAUUUUACUUUCUUGGAAGAUCACAAAUAAUUGAACCAAUUGUUGCUAAAGCUAUUGUAAGUGUAUUUGGUGUAUGUGCAUCACAAGCUCGUCUUAUUGUACGUGGCAAAAAUGGAACUAUUCUUACGAAAAUCUGGGGUCAUGAAGAUCUUGUUGCUGGUGCUAGUCUUGGUGAUCUUCAUUCACCUAAUCUACGAUCAAUUCUAUGUGAAUUUACAACUUCUGCUACACCAAAUGUUGAUGGAACCGAAACUGAAGUACUUACAUAUGAAUUACGAUAUACUCGACCAAAUGAUCCUAAUGGUCAAGCUAAAGUGAUCAAAAAUACUUUAUCAUUAAAAUUUGUUGAAGAUGAAUCACUUGUUACAGAAAUUGAUCCUCGUGUGAAAACUAUGUUUGCUUCUCAAACAGCUGCUGAUGCAGAUAAAAAAAUUGCACAAUUACUCAGAGAUGGAAAAAGAAAUGAAGCUAUUCAACAUGCAAAUGAACAAAUUGAAAUACUUAAAGAUGCUCAACAAUUUGAUGAUGAAAGAGGAUCUAUUGCAUUAUUACUUCAACUAGCUGAAAAAAUACAUAAGAAACUUAAAGAUGAAACCGUCAAUAGUAAACUUGUUUGUCAAGGAUAUGAAUAUCAAGCUCAUUUAAAAGAAGAAUGUGAUGACGAAGAUAUGGGUUUUGGUUUAUUUGAUUAA